AUGGCUCUAACAUGGAACGCUCGGACUUAUCCACUACGUCGCUGGUUCUCUGCAUAUAGAACCAUUACUUAUCAGUACAUUCGACCGUCGACCGUUGCUACGUUUGCGACUUCAGUCGAAAGGCAGAGUGCUAACCGCGCAAUAACAAUGCCCCUCCUCUGCGCAGAGAGGUCUAAUGGAACGUGUAUGUAUAGCACAUCCUCACUCUUCAGGAUCCUAAUAUUCAAUGAAUCUGUACAGCUGUCAGAAAGAUAUCUUGAAUUCGACCUUCAACAACUCCUGAAGUUACAGCGGUCUCUAGUGAGGGUGCCCGUUAUUACUUUAGGCACUAGAGUUCUCAAGUGUCGUGAAGGGCUUAACAAUAAAGCCUACUUGCUCACGAUGGAUAACGGUUCGGAGGUCUUUGCAAAGCUCCCAAAUCUGAUCGCGGGGCCUGCUUAUUAUACAACGGCGUCGGAAGUAGCCACUCGCGAAUUUCUGCGCGAUGCAUUGAAUAUUCCUACUCCUCGUAUUAUUGCCUGGUCUGCUGAUCGAAACAAUGCGGUUGGGGCAGAAUACAUCCUGGAGGAAAAGGCCCCAGGCAAGCCACUGGGCAGUCUCUGGUAUCAAUGGGAUGACAUUCCAGAGGAUAUGUGCAGUGAUAACGCUAUAAUAACCAAUGUGCCACUGGACUCAUCGGUACUCGAACGUUUCAAGAUGGGACCGCUCGUCUCGAGCGGGAUGUGGCGCGGUGAAAGGGCAGGCAUGGAUAUGAAUAGAGGACCAUAUAACGGACCGCUCGAGUUUAUAGAAGCUAUGGCUACAAAUGAGAUGCAGUUUAUCAAAACGCAUGCGCGUCCUCGUAUGAAUUACCAUCGAUCCCCUACAGAACCCGAGUCGCCCGAGGAGGUGCUUGAUCUCUUAGAUCGGUAUCUACAACUCGCUCCAGCUAUGGUACCUCCCUUAGGGACGGACGAUACACACUCGCCAACACUUUGGCAUCCAGACCUCCAUCUUGAUAACGUAUUCGUUGACCCCGAAUCAAAGCAAAUCACUCGCAUAAUUGACUGGCAAUCAGCUGCCGUUAUGCCCUUCUUUUACCAAUGUGGCGUCCCGAGGAUGUUUCGGCAUCCAGGGAUAGUUGCUGAUGGUUGGGCCUUGUCCGAGCUUCCAGAGGAUUAUGACAGCCUUGAUCAAAACGAGAAGGCGAAGAUUGAUAGUGACAGAAAGAGCGAAACUUGCCAUAAAUAUUACGAGGCGGAGACCAAGACCGAAAAUCCAAGACAUUGGGCUGCCCUACAACUAGACAAUGCCGACGUGCGAACAGAACCAUCACGCCUUGUUGUGAACGUAUGGCAGGAUCGCGAUGUCUUUUUCCUUCGGCGGGCACUGCUUUCCAUCGUCGAGCAGUGGCAGGACCUUUGUCCAGAGUCUGAUAAAUGUCCUGUCAGCUUCAACGAGCAGGAGCUUGCACUACACGAGGCCGAGGAGGAGAGUAUGAGCAAUGUUGGAGAAAUAUUAAGACUCUUUCGAGAUAAAUGGGGACUGCCUCCAAAUGGGAUGGUAGAUCCAACUGAAUUCGACCAGAUACGUACUGCUGUAGCCGAGCUCAGGAAUUCCUUCAUUGAGGAUGCUGAUGAUGAGGCGGAAAGGGAACUCUUCGCAAAGCUAUGGCCGUACCAGGAUGCGGACAUCUAA